AAAGUUUGAAAAAUUGUUCAAAACAUCCCUCACAAUUAUAGUAGUUGACUUCAACCCCUUUACUGAUGAGUUUUGGUUUUGCCACUGGUCGUGGUUGGACUGAGGAGAGGUCAUGGUUGGGCUAAAAAUGCCGAAAAAUUAAAAGGUGAUGAAUAUGAGAAUAUUGACUUUUAUUUAAGCCCGGGCUGAACUAAAUUCCUAGGUCCGCCACUGGUAGUGACUAACUCAUUGUUGUCUAGGAUCUUAUGUGCUCAAGUUAUUUAGUCUUGACUAACACUAGACAUGAAACAUCUAUACUUUGGGUUGAGACUGGAGAGUAAAUCUUCAACCCUUGGCUUGUUGAUACUCGAACUACAAGUGCUUAAGAAGUCUGUUAUGAGGCAAGACAAUAAAAGGAAAGCUUCAAUACGUGGGUCUUUCCUCUCUGAGAGAAGGACCAAAUCUUGUGUAGUUGUUAACAUAAAGCAACAAUUUUUUAAGAUGUCUUUCCUCACUGCUAUAAGGGCCUAACAUUGCGUAGUUGUUAACAUAAAGAAACAAUUUUUGAAGCUCCAGUCAUUCCCCCAAAACUUAACCAAUUGAAAUGGAUUCAUUCCUAAAUAUGACAGUACACCAAUUAGUCUAUCGAAUCAAAUUAUUUGUGUAUUUUUAUGUAAGAAAAUAUUUAUAUUUGUAAUGACAUGUUACCUAAUCUUGUAAAGGAAUCACUUUAAAAAUUGAUUAAGUUCCAUCUAUAUAUGUUAUUAUGUUGUUUAUAAGCCUACCUAGUGGUGGUUGGAAUCAGUGGAAGUUUUACAGACAAGAAAUAUUUUCUUAUCAUGGUAUUUAAACUAUUUGUAUGUUGAUGUAUUACUUUAAAAUAAAUAUCAAUGGCAACAAGAAAAGAUAUAGCCCUUAAGCCUGAGCUGACUUAGUUUGCUUUGGCUUUGGUUUAUAUGUAAAGAACUUGUACUAACUAGGAUAUUGUGAUAUGAGAUAUUUGAAGAUAUAUACUUAGCACGAGUCACAAAAUGCCACAGUCAUCACCUUUCAAAUAUGCUGAAAUUACAGCUAUAUGGAUAUAAUUAACUGUAAUUGGAGUUAGUUGUAACUAUAGCUUUUUUUUUAGUUGAAGCUUAAAUUCUGGAGAAAUGUUCAUUGACCGGCUAGGUUUUAUGGUUUAUAAUUUUGGGUUAUAAACAAACAUUAACAUCAAUAUCUAGCAAAGGUGAGAAUGUUUAAUCUGAUAUGUUCAAUAUAGGAAAUAACAUGAUAAAACCCAAUAUAUUCAUGCUGAUUUGUGAUGAUCUGGCAGUAGUGCAAGUUACGCCCUUUACUUUAUAAGUCAACAAAGGAUUGGUAGUUCUAUUAAAACUUAAGCGCUUCAUAGCAUAUGUUAUAUAGUUAAUGAUUUUUAUUUGUUAAGUGUUGAUUGCUGAUUGAUUUAUAUGUUGAUACAUGCAAUUUAUGAUUUUUAUUUUUAUAGCGUAUCGUAUAGAAAAAAUUGUUCAAUGAAAAAUGUCAGUAAUGUCUAUUAAUUUAUAGUCAUUUAAAUGAAUCCUUCUUAUAAAUUUUAUACUUCAAUUUAUAUAUUUUUGCACAUUGUUUGAUAAUUAGAGAGCAUUAUAUUUAAUCUACAAUUUAUAGUUAUAUAUUUAAAUGCUUAUGAUUUGGAUCUGCAUGACAUAUCCUAUACUGACAUGGCUAUUGUGUGUAACCUUUACCUUUUUUAUGCUCUAUACCUCACUUUGAAGCAUGAUAAAUACUAUGCUGCAAUGAGAUUUCCAAUGCCUCCCCUAGAUCAUGCCGUCUGGUUUUUUGAAUGAUGCAUUAAUGUUAACAACAUCAAAUGGCCAUAAGGGUGGGCGUGAGAAGCGAAGAAACUUUUUAUCUGAAUCAAUAGAUUCGCGCUUUUUGUUUUUUGUUUUUUUUUUUGUUUUUUUGUAUUGCUUUCAUUUUAGAUAAAUUGUAGUGGUUAGUUAAAUGAAUUGAACUGUGGCAUAUUUUAUAAAGCAUUAAUUUAUUAAAAUGAUUAAAAGUUGCACAUUUGUGCAUGGUGGUUGGUUAGCAUGUCCAUUUCUCACACUUUAGGUCUCUGGUUCACACCUAGUAAGUCCAUUUCUUUUGGGCUUUGAACCAAUUUCCCUUCUUCACAUAUAUUAUUUCCCUUAAAUUUUUUUGGAUAUUUAUUUUUAGAUAAAAAGUUCCUAGAGAGUUAAAUCAGUAUUUAGAAGGGUAAUAAGCUUGGGUUAUGUGAUCUCUUUGAGAGUCCAAGUGUGAUCAAGUAAUUUAUAGCUUUGUAAAUUAUUUAGUCUAAUACAAUUGUUGAUAGUCACAGUUUAGCAUAUUUUUAUAGAGUUAUACACGCAAUUAGAAAUCUGUGGUAAAUUUUAUGUGGUGAUGAGGUUAAAGCUACUCAAGGGGCUCUUACUUUAUAGGCCUUUUUUACUAUUUAUUGAUAUAGCAGAUGAAAAUAAAAAUUAAGAGAAGGGGGAGAAAACCAGUCACUGAUCCUUCUGGUUUGGGUUUUCUAUAAAUUUAAUUAUUCAGUUUAAUUAACCAAACUGUGCCUAUCUCUAACUGGUCACCCUUAUUUCUUUGUUCUUGUCAUUUGUAGUUUAACUGAAUAAUCUAGUUUCUGCUGGAAAUCUCAUUGCUCUAUUGUGUUCUUCACAAAACAUCGGUGGAUACAUAUAUUAGGCCUAUUGGAGAGCAUUCUUUAACAUGAAAUCUAUUGAUUUCUUUUUAUAAAAUUGGAUGCUUGCACCAAAUUUAUCUACAUUUUGCUGUAGGAAAGAUUUAUUUUUAUUGUAAAUUUUUUGAAUAAACAAAGAGUGUGCUAAUGAUUUCUUCAACAUUUUCUUUAUGACUGAUUUAAAAGAAGCAAGGAAUAAUUUCCUGUCACUUACAAAGUAACUCUUUGUAUUAAUUUUCUUGUUUCUAUCUAGAUUAAUCCCAAAAUAUGUGACAAAAAUAAAUUUUGUUAUGUUUACUUUUAUGACCAACCAAAUAUCUUUACUGUUGGCAUCUAAAUUAUCCCUUUUUAGUUGUUUGCACGCGUAGGUGCUAAGGCGCAAUGAGCUUAUCCAGGUGAGUCACCUUCGAAGACGCGCACGCUUUUUUGCAUUUUAGGUUUGGUGAUUCUUAUCAAAUUUCCCAAAGAAAAUUUAAAAUCUAGGUCAUUUAGUGGUUAAUCUUAGGUUAACUUAUUCUUACUUCCAAUAUAAGUUUGUUCCCAAUUUUCAAAUUUAAAUUUGCGCAUAUUGGUUUCAUCAUCCUUUUUAGGCCCUAGUAUGUUGAGAAAACAAUCCCAACUUUGUCUGUGAGAGAUACCCCCGAUUUUAUAGUGUGUCUGAAAUUUUGGAAUGCUUCAAAUAUAGUGUUGUUCCUUCUAGUUUAGUUAGCAUAAAUAGUUAAGUAAACAUGCGUGAUUUUUGUGCUUCAAUUAAUUUUUGCAUGUCACCUUGCUUUUCAGUGCUGUUUACUUGAUCCGUCUGCUUCUCAUUUAGAGAGAUUGCUAUUCUUUAUUAUGGUUGGUACUGACUUAUUUUACUGCAGGGAGAGAGAUACUGAUAUUGCAUUUGCACAAGAUGCAAUCAUUGAUUACAAGGUAGCAUUGUUUUCAUUGCUUCAUUUAUGACAUUGUAAAUGCUUGACUUUCAUGAGCCUUCUUGAAGCUUUUAUGUAUGUUUCCCUAAAAUUUCUCGGGAGCCACAUGACUGUGAUGUAAAACCUGGUACAUCUUGUGCCUGAUUUUUGGAAUAGGCUUGGGAUGUUUUGUCUGAUUACACACAAUGAUUUUUUUAUUUUAUGUUACAUUGUGAUCUAGGUAGUGAUUAAGACGAUAGUUUCUCCCCUUCAUUCUUGAAAAAAUAUCUCUUGAUUAUUUUAGAACUUCGUCUACUUGCUUGGGGAAAUACUGACUACCUGACCAGGAAAUUAUAAAUUAGAUAUGAAGACUGAGGAACCUGAUGAGAAAGAACUUGCUUGGGAAAAUACUGACAGCCUGACAAGGAAGAAAAGGAAAUUACAAAUUAGAUAUGAAGACUGAGGAACCUGAUGAAAAAGAACUUGUCAGACUUCACUUUAGUGGACAUUAUAUGUUUCUUAUGCUAUCUUUGAACAUGUGGGCUGCAUACAAUGUUUUUAACUUGUAUAAGAAAAAAGAGUACUGCAGAUGGACAAUGAAUCCAGAAUUACUACAACUUUCAUUUAAUAUGCAGCAUUGCCACAACUUCAAUACAACAGAUGCUUUUAGUAUAUUUUUAUUCUUCAUUUUGUGCUUCAUUAACUUCUGAUGUUUCUUCUAUGCCUACAGGUUCGUGAGGCAGCAACAACUGUGCAAGUUUACGUAGGCUUGAUGAACAGCCUGAAUGGUUGAAAGGAGGUAAACUUCCUUUCAGUAUCUGUGUGCUACCGGUUUCUUCAUUUUUUUGCUUUGGUGAUUCUAGAAUGAGCUUUCUGCAAUAUUGAGAUUUGUGGCGGAGGAGUUGUUAAGGAAGAAAAGAAUGAUGAAGAAAGCAAGGGGAGACUUGAGAGCAUGGAUAUUGAUGAAAUUCUUGAGAGAGCUGAGAAAGUUGAAACAAAGACAGCAGAUGGUGAAUCGGGAAGUGAAUUGUUAAGUGCUUUUAAGGUUGCUAAUUUCCACAGUGCUGAAGAUGAUGGGACUUUUUGGAGUCGUUUGAUACCACCCGAAGUUGUAGAUCAUGAUGCAGCAUUAGCACCUCGUGCUGCAAGGACACCAAAGAGUUAUGCUGAAACUAACCAGCCAGAGAAAAGUACCAAGAGGAAGAAAAGGGGCCUUGAAUCCCAAGAUAACAAACCCCAGAGGUGUUCAACUAGAGCAACAAAUAUUGCAGUCCAUUCUUUGCCAAUUAUUGAUGGGGCUUCUGCUUAUGUAAGAGGAUGGCUUUAUGGCAAUUUAUCAAAGAAAGAUGCAUCUCUAUUCAUUCGUGCGGUCAAAAGGUUUGGAAACCAAAGCCAAAUAAGCUUAAUAGUGUCAGAAGUUGAUGGUACAAUUGAAGCGGUUAUUAGAAGAUCUCAUUGGGCUUUUUACAGGGGUCUUUGUUGGAUUUUUUUUGGUGUCUCUGUAAAAGCACAUGAACUACUUAAUCGUGUGUUAGAACUACAGCUUCUGGCAAAGCAAACAAGCAGGUACCCUGAUCCAGUUUCCCAGUUUCGAUUGGUAACACAUCAUAAAAGUCCACAAUGGUCUAAAAGCUGUGGCUGGAAACCUGUCGAUGAUUCUAGAUUGCUUCUUGGAAUAUACUACCAUGGAUUUGUAAAUUGGGAGAAGAUAAGGUUGGACUCUCGGCUUGGUCUUACGAGGAAGAUUGCUCCGGUAUCACUUGGGGAACAGGGAAACAUUUCUGCCUCGUGCUCCAAACUUGGACAAUCGUGCUAGUGCAUUGCUGCAAAAGUUAUCAUAGUCCCUGCAUGUGACUUGCUGGUUGCUUUGCAAAUCAGUUUUCCAUGAUGAUAAAAUCUCUGUAGUUUAUUUUGGUGGUUGUUUCAUACAUUUGCAAAUUCACUGUCCUGAAAAGGUUUCUUUGCAUUUUCAGUUAUUAGGCUGUGUUUCUUAUGAUAACUGUAACCUUAAGCCACUUCUGUUCAGUGUGUUCAUGUGGGUAUAUAAGCUAUCAUGCAAUUUCUUGA